AUGCGUUCUGUGAUGGCUGUGAGUCCUUUUGUGGUCAUUACCCUGUUUUUGUCCCUGGUCGAAACCAAGUUCUACAGACCACUCCAAUUUAACCAGUAUGGAGCUGGGCUCCACCAACACCAGGAUCAAGGGAAAGUCACCAGCAGACACAAGAACCACUGCGCCUAUGUGGUCGAAAAGACGGUGUCCUUCACCGUGCAGGAUGGGGCGGCCCCAUACGUAAAAGCUGAAUACAACAAGUGCUCCUGGGCUCAAAAAUGUCCAUCUAUACAGUAUCGUCUUAUGUACAAACCAAUCUUCAAGGUGGCGCAUAAAACCGUCACAGAGCUGGAGUGGCGCUGUUGUCCCGGGUACUCUGGAUAUGGCUGCAUGGAGGGACAUCCAGUUUACCAAAGCCCCAUGAAAAUGAUGCCACCAUUCAAGGGCCCACCAGUGAAAGGUCUGCAGUUUAAGGGGCCACAGUUCAAAGGGCCGCAGUACAAAGGUCCCAUGUUCACGGGUCCCGUGUUCAAGGGCCCACCUAUCAACACUGCUGUGAAGGCCAGCCCAUGGAGUCAACACCAAGGACCUCCUACUGGCAGUUUAAACUCCUACCAAAUGCACCACUUUGGGCCUCCAAGGACCUCCUCCUUCCCAGACACCUCCUUCGAACCUUAUCCGUCCGAGCCGGAGCCAAUGCCAGAGCACCAGGAACCACAUCACACAGAGCACGACCAAGAACAUGAGAAUGGGCAUGAACAUGAGCGCGAGCAGCAACAUGAGCAUGAGCAGGAACAAAGCCAAGGACCUGAGGAACACAUACAAGAGGAGGUCCCUCCUGCGCCCUCCGGUGGUGAACAGACUGAAGGCCAAUCUCUGGACAAUCAGACAGAGGAGCGUAUAUUUCGAAUUGAAGAGGAUGUGCGACGUCUAAACCAGGGCCUGGAAACCCUGAGGGGAACUGUGAAUGGACUGGAAGAUAGUCUACGAGCCUCCCUGAGAGAGGAUGCCAACAGGAUGCUGUCAGCUCUGCUCUCUGCUGUCCCUGGUCCGAUUCCCUCUCCUGUUGUUGCCUCUGGUCCAGCCAGUGUAGGGUUUGUAGAGAUUCCCGGGGGAGACCCUGCUGCAGAGGGUCUAGAUGGCAGACACGUGUUUUCAGGCAUCACAGAACUGAACGGGAUGAUGGAGGAGCUCAGGACAGAGCUGCAAGUGAAGACAGCAGAGAUGCAGGAACUAAAAGCAACGGUGACAGGACACGAUGGAGCACUGAAGAAGAUGUCAAAUAGAGCUGCGGCGGUUUCAGACUCCAAUGGAAAUUCAGAGAAAGCUAUGGAGAACAUAAUGGACUCAAAGCUGAGUGCAGCAAGGACAGAAAUUCUCGGUGGGUUUGAGACACGUGUGAAAAGUGCAGAGGGGCGAUGCGAGGACAAAGUUGGGGAUCUGCGACGUCAAUGCCAGAGGGAGAAAAAUGAGAGGCAGGAGCAGUUGGAGGACGCUGUGGACGAGAGUAACACAGACUUGAGAACCGAGCUGAGAAACCUCCAGGUCCAGGUCCAAGGCUUGAAGGCAACAGAGAGCUGUUCUGGCAGAGUGAGUGGGCUGGUAGAAAGGGUACAAAUGCUGGAAACAUCAGUGGCAGGCCUCAACCAGUCCCAGGGGUACCUGAGUAUAGAGCUGGGUGGACACAAGGACCACAUAGAGGGUAUCCUGGAAGGGCGUCUGGGGUAUGUAGAAGCCAAGCUCAACCUGACUGGGGAGAUUCAAAGUGAUGAGUCUGGAAGGAGGAGUGGUGUCCCAGACAGAACAGGGACAGGACAGGGGGUGGAAGCAAGAAUGGAUGGUAAAUUGAGGGAUCUGGAAGGUCGAUUAUUGAUGGCUUUGGACGAGCUGGGCAACGCCACUGCUCCCGCACUGCUGGAAGGUCAUUCUGUUCCUGCUCUGGAGACAGAGCUGGAGUCUCUCAGGGCAAGACUAGAGGUUGAUGUGGACAGAGUUCAAAAGCACCUGAGCAGUCUGGAGAUCCUCUGCUCUUCUUCCUGUUCCUCAUCUCAAUACCCAAACGCCGUCCAGGGAGACUCAGUGGCGCCAAGUGCCAAUCUGGCAGAGGAGCAGUAUGUGAUGGAGGCCAUUAACAAGCACAGUGACCGUUUGAAUAGCCUCAAUGUCACACUGCAGAAAGUCCUGAGGCGUCUGAUCCCCAGGGACAAGCAGGAACAAGCCGAGGGAGUUCACCCCAUCCAGGGAGAGCUCACAAUCCUCAAGUUCAAUGUCCGCUCAGUCAACCGCACCCUCAAAGGCCUCCAGGAUUCCCUGGGGACAGUGGUCCACCAGGUGGGCCAAGCCAACAGCUCCUGGCAUGAGAGAGAAGCUCGCCUGGCCCAGCAGAUCAAGGGGGUGGUGCAGCUGGUUGGACAUCAGGCUUCCAUGCUUGGGGCAGGUGAGCGCAGACUGACCCGGGUUAAAGGUGAGCUGCAGGAGAUGAAGAGGCGCCUAGCCGAGGAGGUCAAGGGCUGCCGAAGCACAACAAUGGUGGUCCAGAAAGAGGUGAUAGAGGUUGGAGGGCGUGUUGCCAGUGUGGAAGACCAAUGCAAGGGCCUGAAUUACCUAGCAGAUGACCUGGAGAGAAUCAGGGAGGAGUUGGAGAGACAAUCGAAUGGGCUUCUCGUGCAAGUCAACGGGACUCUUUCCAGCCAUGCCCAGCAGCUGUCUGAGCUGAGAGGUGAACUCAGAAACUGCACCUCCCAGGUAGAGCCCACACAACAGAGUUUAGAGUUGGAGCCACAGCUGAGACGAGGGGACACCUUCACUUUGAAUUAGUUCAGUUCACACAUAGUUACCAACAAUAGAUUUUAUUAAAAUGAAUGAAAAAAGGGAAAAUACUGUUCAGGGGUAGUGGGGGUCAACCCCCAUUUUAUUAUUUGAUUUGUAAAAUACAAAAAGGUUUUGAACCUGCACUGAAGGAUGGUUUUAGUUAGCUUACACUAUAUGAUGAAACAACAUGGCAGCUAAUUCCAACUGCACUAAUAACACAGAAUCGUGAUAUUCAAUCAAUCAAGAAGUUGUCGAAAUUGACUUGUUUUUGUCAUUGGCCUUUAUUUAGAAAAUCCAGUGAUUGAGGAAGAUGACAACAAACUGCACCCGUUUUACAGUUUCUGUAAACUUACAACAUUAUAUAUAACAAUAUUUACACAUUUAAGGUUUUGCAUUGAUUGUAUACGAGAUAUUAUGUUUUUAUAUGAUUCCAGUU